AUGACCCCCGAUUGGCAGUGCAUCGUGUCAGGGUCAGAGGUCAACACUAGUGAUUGGGACACGGGCCCUAACAGUACAACCUUUAAAAAGUGUCAAGUGGGCGGGGUCAAGUGUCAGCGGUACCACUUCUAUGGCUCCUCCCACACCCUGGUCAAUGAGUGGAAUGUGCUGUGUGACCGAGCCUGGAUCAAGCAAGUGGUGACUUCAGCCCAGUUCGCCGGAGUCAUGGUGGGAUCUUUCGUGGGUGGCUGGAUGGGAGACGCGCUGGGACGUAAGAACUCUCUGUACGCCUUCAUGGCACUGCACGCACUGACCAACAUCGUGUGUGCUUUCUCUGUCUGCUGGGAGAUGUUUGCCGCCUUGCGCUGUCUUAUCGGAGUGGGAUGUGGAGGCAUCAUGGUCAUCACAUUCCCAUACAUGUUGGAGUUCCUGCCACGUCACAACCGCGCCUUCCUGGCCCUGCUCCCCUUCUGGGCCCUCAACCUGGCGAUCUUCGCCAUAGCCGCGCUCAUCCUUGACCACUGGGCGCACGUGCACCUGGCCUGCGGCCUCAUCUCUACGCCUGUGCUCAUUGGGUGGUUUGCCGUGGUGUCUGCCGUCUAUUACGGUAUCUCGUUCGGCCUGAACAGUUUGGAGGGUAACAUCUUCCUGAACCUCUUCCUUCUGGGACUCAUCGACGUGCCUUUCUAUAUACCGGCUUACUUCUUGACCAACAAGUGA